AUGGCAUUCCCUAGAUCCCUCCAAGAAGACGACGAAGAUGCGGAACGAAACACUUGUCCGUGUCCUUCAGAAGAAGAAGAAGAUGGCGUGUUUCGUCCUCAGACGGUCCAGAUGCUAUCACCGGGAGGUCCAGAUGCUUACUUGGACUUUAUAGCGAAUCGGUUUCGAUCUCGCGCUGCCUUGUUCAAAGAACGCACAGGCCACACGGUGGAAACCGUUGGAUUGGGGGAUGAAUUAGCGGAAUUGACGCAAGAGAUUCUGGCCGAUGUGGAUGCCAAAGUCUACGACGGCUACGUCUUUUUGCCCUUUUUGGCAGGGUCCGUGCUGGAGAAAGGUGGCUUGGCCGAUCUGACCGAGUUUGUGCGGACCAAUCAAGACGUUCGCUGGCCGGAUAUCUUCCCCUUUAACCGAGAAGUACAGGCCGUAUUUGACCACACCGUACGGUUGCUACCCUGUGAUGGGGAUGUGCACAGUCUCUACUAUCGAAAAGAUCUUUUUGACGAUUACAAUAUUGCCGUUCCGAGAACGUGGGAUGAAUAUACCGAAGCUGCCAAGUUCUUUCAUGGAAUGGAGGUCCCUUCCGCAAAUGCUUCUGCCACCAAUGAAACUGUGACACUUACAGGAUCUUGUGUGGGACGCAAGCCAUCCUGUCUCGAUUUUGGAUUCUUCAACGUCCUGGUACACUCGACGCAAAGUCAGGCCGGAGGCACUCGCAAGGGAUCUCUGUUGGAUCCAAGAACAUUUCAACCUCUCCUCGGAGAAGCAUUGGCGGAAACCUUGCGCCAUCUCGAAAACCAAAUCCGAUAUGGUGCUCCCGAUGAACUCACAUACGAACAAUGCAGCGGAUUGAACAUUGAACGCAUGAAUACCAUGGGCAAUUGUGCCAUGACCUAUCAUUGGGGCGAUGUCUUUGCCCGUCACUUACUACCCGAUUCAGUGGUCGAGGGAAAGUUGGGGAUUGCCACCACGCCAGGAUCCACCAAAGUGUUGGAUCGCACCACGGGCCAAAUGGUCGACUGUACGGAAGAACUAUGUCCCUACGGCACGACUUAUUCAGAUAUUGGACGUGUCAAUUAUGCACCCUACGCGGCCGCGGGAGGCUGGUCGGUCGGUGUCUCCGCGGGCACCACCCCCGCGAGACAAAAGGCCAUGGCGGACUUUUUUGGAAUGGUCUGUGGAGAAGAAGUUUCUCUAGAGGACGUCAUUCCCAAUUCCACUGGGCCCACUUUUACAGGGACGGACCCGUACCGACGCAGUCAUUUUGAUAUUGACACGUGGGUUGCUCGGGGAUACCCGGAAGAUACGACCCGACUCUACAAGGAUACCAUUACCACGUCGUUGAGCAGUGAAAACACAGUUCUGGAUAUCCGAUUUCCGGAUGCGGACAAGUUUCUCAAAGUCAUGCACGACAAAAUAUUUCUGCAUCUCAAUGAGAGUCGCACCGAGGACAAAACGUUCGACGAUCGCAUCCAAGUGGCACGAGACAUUGAGGCCGAAUGGGCCAAGCUCGAGACGCAAUACAAUCAGCGUGAUACUACUGUGUUUCCAUUGAAAACAAUCUACCAACAGUCUCUCAGUGUCUACGUUCCACCGGCACUAUCUUCCGAUAAAAUGAAUUCGGGUGCCAUUGCCGGGAUUGCGGUGGGAGCCGCCCUGUUUGCCGCCCUUGUCACUGGUGUCUUUCUUCUCUGGACACUCUGGCGAGAGCGCAAGAAAAAUGACAUACUCUGGUUGAUCAAAAAGGAGGAUAUACAGUUAUCGUCGGAGGUCAUUGGAGAAGGAUCUUUUGGUGUCAUUUUGAAGGGGACGAUUCGAGGAACUACGGUGGCAGUCAAGCCGUCACAGCAUGACUGGAAGGAUGGAUUCAUUGGUCGAGAAAGCCUCACUGGUUACGCCGGUCGAGACGGUCCCACCUCAAAAGCAUUGGCCCACUUGGAGACUACCCAGACGGAUGAGACUGAAGCGUCGCCGCCCACAAACGCAUUGAAAUUCAGUCAUCGACAAGUGAAAGAAGAUUUGUCGGCACUGGUCAAACUGAGGAAUCCGCACAUAUGCAGCACCCUCGGAGCAAUGAUUGAUAGGCGGACCAUCUUUGUCAUCUUUGAGUACAUGGAGAAUGGGAAUUUGUCGCAAGUGCUAGGAGAUCCAGCGGGUGUUGCAGGGUCAGAUGGGAGCUCCUUUGAACUGCAGUGGGCGUUACAGAUCGCAAAGGGGUUGCAGUUCCUGCAUUCCAUCCCCGAGCCAUUAGGGCCGCUUUUGCACGAAGAUCUCAAAGCAUCCAACGUUCUUUGUGAUGGAUCCUACAACGCCCGGCUCUCCAAUUUUGCUUUGGAAAGCCGUGUUGUGGGAUCUCGGCGUGAUCAAGGUUCGUUGCUGUGGACAGCCCCAGAAGUCUUGAAUGGGGAGAAGCCUUCGGAAGCAUCAGAUGUAUACUCGUUUGGAAUGCUGCUCUUCGAGAUUGUUGCGAGGGCGCGGCCAUUUCGAGUUCGCCGAUUCAGCAGGAGCAACCUGACAACGUACACCGUAUCCACAAUCUCCAAUCCAGACGAUGAUAUAAUGCCGUCAACGGGUGUUGAACCCAACAGCGAGUACUUUGGUUCCAUUGAUGGAGAAAAGCUGACAGUCCCAGAAAUCAUUAGCAGAGUGUCCGAUACGAUGCUAGAGCCAGCUGUUCGUCCUCAGCUCCCCAAGGAAUCACAUGUCCUCCUACGCGACUUGUGCGUUGAAUGUUGGAACAAGAACCCAGACCGUCGACCAGGACUCACGGAGGUGGUAAGGCGCCUAUCCUCAGGCUCAAACUUAACCCAAAACCUUGCCAAACGAACCAAGCUGUUUGACUCGAUUUUGCCGCACCAUGUCCAAGACAAGCUCUCACGGAAUGAACCGGUGCCACCGCAGAACUACGAAAACGUGACUGUGAUAUUCUCGGAUAUUGUGAAUUUCACGUCCACAAGUUCAAAACUGACAGCAGCCGAGGUUGGGGAUCUCAUCUCCAGGUUGUUCACCAAGUAUGAUGAACUAGCAGAGAAGUAUGGCGUGAAGAAGCUUGACGUGAUUGGGGAUGCUUUUCUCGGUGUGACGAAUCUCCCAGAUGAAACACCUGAUCACGCUCCACGGGCAGCAGGGUUUGCGUUGGAAGCCAUCCAUGCGGCGCAACAAACACCGAUUUGUCCUUCCAAACCAUCCUUAGGAACAGUGAACAUACGCUUUGGCCUUGCGACUGGCCCUGUUGUCGCCUCUGUCAUCGGAUCGUCGAAAUACCCAAAGUUUACCCUCUUCGGGACCACAGUGAACACAGCAUCACGUAUGGAAUCUUCUUCUCUCCCAGGCCGUGUCCAAUGUACAAAGGAAACCGCUGUCCUGAUUCAAAAGCAACAACCUGCAAUCGAAGUAGAACCACGGGGCAAGAUGGAAAUUAAGGGUCGAGGUCAGCUUGAUACUUUCUUUCUAAAUGGGAAUGAUUUCAAGUUGCUUUCGCCCGCGGGGUCCCGUAGCAGUAAGCUUCAGGCAAGACACUCCAUGGGUGACAUUCUGGUUGGUAAGGAAGCUAAUGCAGAGCUGACAGAGCUGUACGGAGAAGCUUCUGUUGAGCUAACCGGGAAAGACGAUGACGAGGAGCAGGGCAUGAAGAUGAACACGGCGUAA